AUGGAGACUGACCAUAAACCUUUGUUAGCGUUAUAUGGGGAGAAGAAAGGUAUUCCUGUUAUGGCCCCUGGGAGAAUUCAAAGAUGGGCGUUAUAUUUAUCUGAGUUUGAUUAUCAAGUGGUACAUAUUAAAGGUAAUGAUAAUAAAGUGGCAGAUGGACUUUCUAGAUUACCUGAUAAAGAUGAUGUAUUAAUUCAAACAAAAGAAGUGGAUUAUGUUGAUUUUAUGGAAAAUACUAUGCCUAUUGAUUAUGAGAUACUUAGACCGAUAAAAGUAAGCGAGGAACUGAAACCUUAUGUAAUUAGAAAGGAAGAAAUUUGUGUAGAUAAAGAUAUAUUAAUGUGGAGGUAUAGAAUAUUAAUUCCUAAAGUUCUAAGGAAGGAUUUAUUGAAAGAAGUACAUUCAACACAUAUGGGUAUGUCUAAAAUGAAAACAUUGUGUAGAUCAUACACGUGGUGGCCUGGAUUAGACAAAGAUAUAGAAAAGUGGGUACAAAUUUGUGAUGCUUGUUUACAAAGUAGAUCAGAACCAAUUUUAGCUGAACCAAAAAAGUGGAAGGAAGCGAGUUGUCUAAUGGAUAGAAUACACAUAGAUUUUCUAUAUUUACAAGGUAAAAACUAUUUGAUCAUGACAGAUAUAUUUACAAAAUGGCCAGAAGUAGCUGAAAUGAAAAUAUUGAACAGUGGUUCGGUUAUUGAAAAGUUAAGAGAAAUAUUUGCUAGGUUUGGAUUACCGAACAAAAUUGUGUCAGAUAAUGGACCGCAAUUUAGAUCAAAGGAGUUUAUACAAUUUUGUAAAAAUAAUAUGAUUAGGUUUGUGACGUCCCCUCCUUAUCAUCCGGGCCAUCCGGCUACAAAUGGAUCGGCAGAAAAUGCUGUUAAAUCUUUAAAAAAUUGUAUAUUAAAGGCAGUUAAGGAUAAAAUAAAUAAAAAUGCUUCUUUAAAUACAUUAAUUCAAAGAUAUCUAAUGACAUAUAGGAAUACACCACACUGGAUAACUGGUGAGUCACCAAGUUAUAGAAUGUUUGGAAGGAAAAUUAAAACUAGAAGGAGACAUAGUUUAUGCUGGGAUUAUUCCAACUCUAAUAAAAAAGAGUGGAAGAAAGGAACAGUCGAAGAAGUGUUAGGUGAUAGAAUAUAUUUAGUUAGAUUAGAAAAAGGAAAUGUGAUAUGGAGAAGGCACAUUGACCAAAUAAUAGAAGUAGGUAAGAUAAAUGAAAAGAGUUUUGAAACAGAAGAAAAUGAGAAAGAAGAAGAACAAACAAAACUGGAGGAAAAGAAAAUUAAUGAGGUAAAAGAAGAAGCUAUUGAUAAAAAAAAAAUAUGA